AUGUAUAUCUUCGAAAGAGCACUUGCCAUCUGGCAAGCCUCUAGCUACACUCAGUGCGCAUUGUACCUUACCUUUACAUUCAUAUUCUAUUUCUUUAUAGUUUUCACCUACAGACUAACAUUCCAUCCCCUCGCAAGAUAUCCCGGCCCCUUCUUCGCCAGAAUCUCAGACUGGCCUUUAGUUAUUUACUGCUAUCGCGGGGAUCGUCAUCUCUGGGAACUCAAAAACCACUUGAAAUAUGGCCCAAUCGUCCGCUACGGCGCUAACUCCCUCUCAAUUUCCACACCCACCUCACUUCCAUUAAUCCACGGCCCCAAAGCCAACGUCAAAAAAGGCUCUUGGUACAAAACCCUCGACAUCUCUGCCGGUGCUCCUUCCGUGCAAAUGGAAAUCAACAAACACGCACACGCACUCCGACGACGCUUUCUCGCUCCCGCAUUCAGCGAGCGCGCGCUCAAAAAUGCGGAGAAACUCAUCACAGUAUCGGCGCUCAAGUUAUCUAAGAACCUAGGUCUUGGCGGCGAGGAAGGCUGGAGCGAAGCAAAGAACAUGAAUGACUGGGCUACGUAUUUUGGAUUUGAUUUCAUCAGCGAUCUUGGCUAUGGUUCGAGUUUUGGGAUGUUGGAUGGACAGGAGAAUCGGUGGAUUCCCGGGGUGUUGAAGAGUGCUUCGGUGUUUUUGUAUUAUGUGGGAUAUUUACCGUUCAUAGAUUUCGUGAGACCGCUGAUGGGGACGGCGAUUCAGGAUUAUAUCUCUCAGGAUGCCGCCGAUUCGUUGAAGUAUACUGAGAUGGCUAAUUCGCGAUUGGCUGCGCGCAUGGAGUUGGAGAGGAAGUUGAAGAUUGAAGGGAAGGAAACGAGUCGUAAGGAUACUUUUCAUUAUCUGCUGAAUAGUAAAGACGCGGUUACCGGGAAGACUUUCACGAAGGAGGAGUUGCAGGCGGAUUCGGCGUUGAUUAUCGCUGCCGGGAGUGAUGGAGUGGCUAUUACGAUUGCGGCUUGCAUGUUUUAUCUUCUCAAGAACCCAGAGGCGAUGGGGAGACUCGUCAAGGAGAUUCGAGAGGCGUUUAGUUCUGUGGAGGAGAUUCGAAAUCCGAAAUUGAACACCCUGCUGUAUCUGCACGCGUGCAUCGAGGAGACGUUGCGAAUGAAUCCACCAAAACCGAGUACACUCCCACGAGAGGUGCUUCAAGGCGGACUGACGAUUGACGAGAACCAUUUUCCCAAGGGAGUCAACAUUGGAUCACCACUGUACGUGAUGCAUCACGACCCUAGCAUAUUUCCAGAACCGUGGUCAUUUAAACCAGAACGCUUUAUUGCGAGCGAAUCAACUGCUGAGCGUGUCGCUGCUGCUCGAGCGGUUUCUGCGCCGUUUUUGAUUGGUCCAAUGAAUUGUAUUGGGAAGAAUAUGUCUUUCAUCGCUUUGAAGUUGGCUCUUGCGCAUGUUCUGUUCAGCAAUGAUGUCAGGAUUAGUGGUAAGUUGACUGGUGGAGGUGGUAAGGAUGAGGAGGAGGGUAGAGAACGGGAGGAUGAGUAUCAGAUGCAAGACUGGAUUAUUGGGUUUCGUGAUGGGCCUAUGAUUGAGGUGCGAAAGAGAAGUCUAGUCGAAACAUGA